CGGCAGCCCGCUCGAUCAUUUCCACAGAGUCUCCAAAAUAUCAUUCUCUGACUUAAUAAACAAUGAUCAAACCAUCGACCCUAAAAUACUCCGCUCCAUGCAGGAGUUCGGCUUCUUCUACGUUAACAACGUGCCAGACUACAAUGCUCUCCAGGAACUCACCCUGCUCAAACAUUUCUUCAGUCUGCCUGAAGCCACGAAAAUGUCACUUGCAGUGAAAAAACAUGAACCGAAAAACUCAAACAUAUACCGAGGCUACGGUCCAGUGGUGGAUUCCGGUACACAGCACAAGGAGAUGUUCAACAUAGGCCCCCACGAGGCUCCCACACCUACGUACCAACAGACAGACUCUCCGUUGGAUAAACUGAGGGCUAUCAGUAGGGAGCGGAGUGUGUGGCCUGAUACCGGAGAUAAAGAGUUUGAUGGGGAGUUUAGGAGGGUGUUCAGUGAGGGGAUGAAGAUAAGGAUGAAAAUAGCAAGAGGUAUUAUUAGAAGCAUCGGGAGGAGUUUAGAAGCAGACCAGCUUAUUUCGAGAUUUACAGAAUCUGAAUUCUCAACUCUUGGGUUGAGACGUUAUCCCACCCGAACUAAGAGGACAGAAAGUAUGAAUUCAGAAUACGAUGGAGUCGCCCUGUCAGAACUCGAACACGAAGACUCGACUGUAACCGUGUUGUCUACAUUUAACUACACUGGUCUCCAGGCCCUGUACGGCGAGGAAUACCUGGAGGUUCCCCCAUCUGAGGACGGAUUUAUUGUUAAUAUCGGGACCCUUGUUGAGGACAUUACUGAUAAGAAGAUAAAAGCAGUCAGGCAUAGGGUUAAACAAGUUGACUUUGAGAGACAUUCUAUUCCCUGCUUCUUCAACCCAUCGUUUGAUGCGGAUAUAAGCAAGAGCAUAUCAGGGCGGACAACAGCAGCUGGAGAAGAAACACAGCUCUUUGGAGAGUGGAUGAGGGAUUAUCUACCUAAAGUGGAACCUGGACUGUUAGAACAGGACAUAUUGACCAAGGAGGCUGUAGAUGUUGGUGGUCAUUAAACUGCUGUUAUAUGUUUAGUGAUAUUAAAUAUACAGAUAUUAUAUAUAUACAGAUUGGGAUUUGGGAUGUUAGAUUUGUUUAGUUUUUCAUGUUAUUUUAUUAGAUUUUUAUUUAUAUUAAGGAUAGUUAAAAACAACGCCCAAGUCUUAUCUUUCCCUAAAAAAAUAACUGAAUAUCAAAACAUCAUUGUAUUUGUAAUUGCUGCCAAUAUGUCUUAUCAUAAGCUAAAUUACAGAGAUAAUACAGAUCAAAAAUAUUAUUCAUGGUAAGUCCCGUGUAUUUAUGGCAAAAAUGAGGGAAGAAAGCGCUGGUCCAUCAACAGGACCCGCAAAACAUGUCCUAACAUUCUCCACCGACUAGUAAUUAUACGGUCUACGGGCCAAUUUUUCUGACAAUAGUUCAGUAUUGCAGCGUUUAUAUAUAUACAAGAUUUGUUGACUCCUGGGUACUUUAUAUUCAAAAUAGAGCGAAGAUGUCUGUGGUGAGCAACAUCAUUUUAAAGAAGAUUAAUAUUUGAACUUAAAGAAAUAGUGUUGAAUGAUCGCAGAACUUUGAUUUCAUUGUUGUAAUAUAUUGAUGCCCAUAAUCGGUUACUACUCCAACCCUCAGUUUAAAAACCGUUGAGAAUAAUGAAUAAGGUUCUUUGUUAUUAUGUAUAAUGAUAUAUUGAUGGCUGAUGCCCAUGAUAGAUUAUUUAUUUGACCCUCAGUAAUCAGAAUAUAUUUCUUUGUUAUUAUUGCAGAAUAUUAUUGAAUAUUGAUGCCCAUAUUCGGUUAUUUUAUCCUACCCUCAGUUUUGAAAGGCGCUAAGAAUAAGUUUCUUUGUUGUUAUGUAUAAUAAUAUAUUAAUGCCGGCCAUAAUAAGUUAUUUGAUUUGACCCUCAGAAUAUAUUUCUUUGUUAUCAUUGUAUGUAGUAUAUUGAAUAUUGAUCAUUGAUGCCCAUAUUCGGUUAUUUUAUCCUACCCUCAGUUUUGAAAUUCGUUGAGAAUAAGUUUCUUUGUAAUCAUUAUAUCCACUGAACUAUAUUUCUACCAACGCUUUAACAAUUGUCGAGAAUAGUUGUUUUUGUACCACUUGAAUCUUUAUUAUUUAUUAGAGGAAAUUGAAAUUGUUGACAGCUGUAAUAUGUUUUCAUUAUCGAAUAUCGUCAAA